GGAUCUCAGUGGGCGUAUAAAGCGUGCGCCGCCGCUGGGCCACACCCACUGUCUGACCGAAGCUGCGCCGGGACGAAGGCGAUGUUUCCCCGCAGCGACUGCACCCUCACACCGCUAGAAACCCCCCGCGGCCCCGCCGUGUAGCUCCCGGUGGACUUUACCGGAUCACGCACCGUUUUUUCCCGGUGGCUGUGACCUCUUCUCCCCGCAGUGACUCUUGGAGAUUCCGCCAACAUGUUGCAAAGCUUCGCCCAGUCGCAGGACUGGCUCUACACAGAGCCGCUGCUCUUUGACGACGAGUUCUGCCAAAGCUUGAUGAAGGACCUCCAGUCUCUGCCCACCCCCCCCCAGUCCCCUCCCAUGAAGGCCGGAGCGGGCAGCAGCAAGCUCCUGACCAAGGAGGACCAGCUGAGCUACGUGUCGGACAUCCUGCUGGAGGACCACGACAUGCAGCUCACGUGGAACUGCGACUUCUUCCACUCGGAGGCUGGAGAGAAGGAGGGCGACAGCAGCCAGCCCUGCUCGCCCCUGGAGGAGAACAACGAGGACUGUCUGUGGCAGUGCCUGACCGCCGACAAGAGCCUGGAGGAGAAGCUGGUCUCCACCGUGCUGGGCUCCAGCCCCCUGCUGUCCGACAUCGACACCAGCAUCUUUGAGGAGAUCGCCGGCUCCACGCUGGACUGCCAGAACCUGAUGGACGCCCAGGAGCCCAGCGAGGCCACGUCGGACUACGGCUCCACGGGAGGAGAGCUCUCCAACUACUCCUCCAGCGACUCUGAAGAAGAGAUCGACGUGGUGACGGUCGUCCGCUGCUCCUCAAGCCCCUCCCCUCGGGCGCCAUUGUCGGAUCUAUCCACCCGCCAGCAGAGGCACGAGGAGGAGAAACGUGCUCUCCAGCGCCACCACAUCGAGAUCCAGCUGCAGCACAACUACGCGGCGCCCUGUCCCGCCUCGCCGCCGCCGCCGACCUCCUCGUCCAACAAGCGCUCGAGAGGCAGCGACAGCUCUUCCCGUUACCACCACUCUUCUCGCAGCUCCUCCUCCUCGUCCUCCUCGUCGCGGUACCAGCACCACCACUCGCCCAGGAACUCGGCGGAGACGGAGGACGAGGAGGAGCGGCGACGGACUCACAACGUGAUGGAGCGGCAGCGGCGCAACGAGCUGAAGAACUGCUUCGUGCGCCUGCGCGACAACGUGCCGGAGCUGUCGCACAACGACAAGGCCUCCAAGGUGGUGAUCCUGAAGAAGGCCAGAGACUGUAUCUACAACCUGGAGGACCAGGGCCACCGGCUGCAGUCCAAGAGGGACAAACUGAGAGACAGACAGGAAGAGCUGAAGGCCCGGCUGGACAGGCUGCACAGCUAAUGGACCCUGGGCUGACCACCAUUUACAGACUGUGUGUGUGUGU